AUGGCUUCUCCGUCGGCGGGGCCUGCUGGUUCUGAUGUGCUGAAAUCGUACGCUCAAGUUGUGAACAAAAAAACAGAGCAUCCUACGUUCAAACUUCCCAUGCGUUUUCCGGUUGAUAUCGAUGGUGAGAUGGGCUUUGUUUUCUCAGAGUUGGAGAUGACAAAAGCGGCAGAUGAUUUCAGGUAUGCUCUGGUGAUGAAGUUGAUGAAAUCACGUCCUUCCAUUGACAAAAUAAGACUCACGGUGGUGAAAACCUGGGGGCUGUCCGAAGUUCCAACUAUAAGUUUUAUGGACGAAUUUCAUGUGUUGAUUCAUAUGAAAAAUGAAAGAGACUUCGUGCAUGGUUGGGCACGUGAAGGAACAACAAUGGAAGGCCUCCCUUUUCGGCUAUUUAAAUGGACUAAAGACUUUGAUUUGCAAAAGGAAUCCCCCUUGGCACCCCAAUGGAUUUUUCUGCCUGGUCUACCGAUGCAUUUAUACCGGAUUGAUUUUUUACAGAUAAUAGCUACAAGGUUUGGUCGGUAUCUUGGAACGGACAAUGCAACCUUGAAUCGUACUCGUGCUUCUGGGGCUCGCAUCUGUGUUGAAGUUGAUCUAACGAUGGAACCGGUAAAGGGAUUUCCGAUGGUAGUUUCUCCUACAAACUGCAUUUGGCAGGAGGCCAAAUAUGAAAGAUCUGGUUUUUAUUGCUCAAAAUGUUUUAGACAAGGGCACACUUCUGUUGUUUGUAGGGUGGGUGAGAAGAGAAAAAUUGAAGGAAAAGUUAAAGGGAAAAAAAUCUGGCAACAAAAGGGCAUUAAGGAGCCGAUGGAGGAUAAAACUGGAACUGUUAUGGGGGAGAAAAUAUUGGAUACAGGGGCUGUUAAUGGCAAUCCGAAUGAUAAUAUGGCAAAUGCUUCUGCUGCUCAUGACAUGGGUGUUUUAAAUGUGACCAGUCCUAUAGAGAUGGUUUCCGAAAAAAAUGUAGAUGAAGUGGGGACAAUUUCACAACCGGACUUGAUAAAAAGCGAUGACAUGAUUCAGCCGAGAGAAGGAAAACAGGUUGCAGAAACAGAGUGUGGUCAACUUGUGCAAGCUGCUAUACCGAGAUACUCUAACAAUAGUGAUGAAGAAUGUGAAGAAGUUUGGCAUGAUGAUGAACCUGAGCUGCAACAGAGUGCACAAGCAGAUAAAAUGCAGAUUACGGUGCUGGCUGAGAAAGAAUCUAACGAACGUACAGGCAAUGGAAGUCCACAACGAGCAGUUAUGGAAGGUUAUUCUUCGGAGCGAGAGGAAGGAGAAAUUACUGUUUUGUUGGGGAAAGAAAAACUGUAUGAUACAGAUGGGGAGAGACAAUCCACUGCUGCAAAAGUUUCAAAAUCAGAAGCUUAUGAGGAAAAAUCGUGUUCUUAUGUGGAGAGACGGGCUCUUUGGCAAGAACUUGAGGGGUUGCAGGUGACUGAUCAGCCUUGGAUCGUAAUAGGUGAUUUCAACACAAUUAGAACGGAUUCUGAGAGAAUUGGUGGUAAUCCUCGAUCUCUACCUUCCAUGAAUGAGUUUAAUGAUUUUAUUGACAUGUGUGGUCUAUUUGAGUUAACGUGUUCGGGACAACGGCUGUCUUGGUGUAAUGGGCAUGCUAGGACUUCACGGAGUUGGGCGAAGCUUGACAGAGUGCUCAUUAAUAAUAAUUUUUUAACUCGGUUUCAGUUUGCGAAAGUGAAUUAUCUUAGUCGUAAAUCUUCAGAUCAUUGCCCGAUGGUAGUUUCUUCAGAGAUACCGUUUACUGCAUAUGGUCCAUCUCCUUUCCGUUUCAUGAAUAUGUGGUGUUUGCAUGCUGAUUUUUUGAACUUUGUGAAGGAAGUGUGGAACAGACCGGAUGAGGUACAAGGCAUGAUGAAACUUGCGACCCGUUUGAAACGUACGAAGGUUGCUUUAAGAGCUUGGAAUAAAACGGUUUUUGGAAGAGUGGAAGGGAAUAUUAGAACUCUUGAGGAGAGAAUGGAUAUUUUAGAGGAGAAGCUUCAACUUGAUUUUUCCGAGGAGCUAGAGGAUGAUUUUUUAGCAACUAAAAUAGAACUGGAUUUAUGGGAGAAGAGGGAAGCCUCUCAUCUGGGUCAACUUGCUAAGAAAAAAUGGCUGAAUGAUGGUGACAAAAACUCUGCUUUUUUUCAUGCCGUUAUUAAGCAACGUCGUCUAAAGGGCAUGAUCAAGAGAAUGGUGCUUUCAGACGGAAGGGUUUUGGAGAGUGCCGAAGCAGUUCAUUCGGGUGCUGAGAGUUACUUUCGGAACUUCUUAAAUGAAAAUUCAGAAGUUGAGAGUUGUGCUUUGGGCGAGCUAGUUGAUGAAAAAGUCUCAGAAAACGAUAACGAGAUGCUUUGUGCGGAGCCGACUGAGAUGGAGGUUAAACAAGCCAUUUUCUCUAUUCCAAAAAAUAGUAGUCCAGGUCCUGAUGGUUUUGGGUCUGAGUUCUAUAUGGUUUGUUGGGAUAUUGUGAAGGAGGAUGUCAUCGCUACGGCCAGAGAUUUUUUCAGAGGUACUCCUUUACCCAGGUUUUACUCUUCCUCUUUUAUUGUUUUGAUACCAAAAGUACCUGAACCGACGAGCUUUGAUAAAUUUCGUCCCAUAAGUCUUUGUUCUGUAGUGUAUAAGAUUUUUUCCAAGAUCAUUGUUAAUAGAUUGACAGGCAUUAUUGAUAAAGUGGUGUCGCAUGAACAAGGUGCUUUUGUUCCAGGACGUAGUAUCUUUGAAAAUAUUACAUUGGCACAGGAAAUGGUUCAUUCUUUGAAUAAAAAAACUGUUGGUGGAAAUGUGAUGUUGAAAAUUGAUAUGGCUAAGGCUUAUGAUAGGGUGAAUUGGGAUUUCUUAUUAAAGGUUUUCAGGGCCUUUGGUUUUUCUGAGAGGUUUUGCAGGUUAAUUGGUAAUUGUAUAAAGUCUCCUUGGUUUUCUAUUUUGAUGAAUGGAACUUUGAAAGGUUUCUUUAACUCUUCAAGGGGUUUACGUCAAGGAGAUCCCCUAUCCCCUUAUUUAUUUAUUGUCAUGGAGGAGAUCUUAACUAGACUGCUGAGGAAAAAUUUUGAGGAAGAUAGGAUUGGUAAAUAUCAUCAUCCUAUUGGUGCUCCUUUGGUUUCACACCUUUUCUAUGCUGAUGACGUCCUUAUUUUUGUUAAUGGAGGGAAAUGUUCGAUUAAAAAUCUUAUGCAUGUGCUUGAGUUAUAUGAAAAAUGGUCGGGGCAGAAAAUUAAUAAGGAGAAAUCAGCGUUAUUUGCUUCUAAGAAGAUUGCAUCAAAUCGGAAGCGUAGUUUGAUCAGAAUCACUGGUUUCAGGGAAGGUAAUUUUCCGGUCACGUAUUUGGGGGCCCCUUUGAACUCGGGUAGAUCGACAACCAGAAUUUUUGAGUAUCUUGUGGAAAAAGUGAGAAAGAAAAUAGCUGGAUGGAAAUUCCGACUCCUCUCACAAGGUGGCAGGUUGAUUCUUGUUAAACAUGUUUUGUCUAGCAUGCCUAUCCAUCUGAUGUCAGUAAUGAAUGUUCCGGUUUCUAUUCUUUCCUGUAUAAAUUCUCUUCUUGCUAAUUUUUUAUGGGGGGAGACGGUGAAUAAACGAAAAUUACACUGGAUGUCUUGGAAGAAGGUGUGCAAGCCUACAAAGGAAGGUGGUUUGAGUAUUCGGGAUUUUAAAGAGGUGCAAAAGUCGCUUCAUAUGAAAUUUGCUUUCCGUCUUAUUGCUACUAAUAAUUUGUGGACUGACUUUUUCAGAGCCAAGUAUUCUCGCAAUGCUCAUGUUUUAGCACAAAAUAAGAGACCCACGGAUUCCCGUUUUUGGAAAUCUAUUAUUUCCGUAUUACCAGAAGUUGUGGAUAAUGUGAAGGUUUUGGUAAGGGGUGGUAACGCUUCUUUUUGGUUUGACAGAUGGUUAUCUUCAGGUUUGCUCUCUGCUAGAGCUCAUGAUAUUGCUAAUUUGAAAUUACAUAUUAGUGAUUGUUGGACUAAUAAUUCUUGGAACACGGAUUUGUUAAGGGAAUUAGUUGAUGUUGAUACUGUGACAGAUAUUAUUUUACAUGUUCCGGUUGGGAAAAGGGGCGUGGAUAAAAUGGUAUGGAUGCCUUCUUCUAAUGGUAAUUUCUCUACUUCUACAGCUUGGGAGGUGUCUCGGAGUAAAGGGCAGUUAUUACCGGUUCAUGGGUGGUUUUGGCAUAAUUGUUUACCUACACGGAUAUCUAUGUGUAUGUGGAGGAGCUGGUUUAAUUCUUUGGCAGUGGAUGAUCGUAUUCAGCAUAAAGGGGUAUCGUUAGCUUCGGCUUGUGAUUGUUGUUUGAGGCGUCAAACAGAAAGCAUAGACCAUAUUUUCUCCUGGGGAGAGGUUGCGACUCAGGUUUGGGUGGUUGCUAGCACAGAAAUGGGGAUCCCUUCGACAAAUCAUUGGUCUUGGAAAUCCAGAGUGUUGCAUUGGUUUAAUUAUGCCAAGAAGUCUUCCAUCAAGGGAACGUUGAUUGGUUUAAUUCCUUGUUUAAUUACGUGGUGUCUUUGGAAAAGAAGAUGUAAAGCGAGAAUGGAGGGGAAAACUGAAAAUGCGGAUCAGUUACAAUGUCAGAAUAUAAAUUCUAGACCUGGAAGAAUUGUUAAAUGGUCUAGGCCUCCCGAGGGCUGGUUUAAACUUAAUUGUGAUGGGAGUUGUCGAGGCAAUCCCGGUAAUACAGGAGGUGGUGGCAUCAUAAGGGAUAGUCAUGGACUCGUGAAAGGGGCUUUCUCUACGUAUUACGGACGUGGUACCAAUAAUAGUGCGGAAUUAAAGGCCAUUGUGGAAGGAGUUCGGCUUUGUAAACGGCUUCAUAUGAAUAAUAUUAUUAUUGAAAGUGACUCUAAAAUUGUCGUCGAUUGGAUUCGUACAAGGAAGUGCACGCUGUGGUAUCUCUGGGAUUUUUGGGAUGAGUUAUGUGAGGAAUUGAGGGGAAUGACUUAUAUGGUUGAACACCAAUUCAGGGAAGCAAAUUUUGCGGCGGAUUUUUUAGCUCGUGAAGGAGAAAGAGGGAGGACGGAAAUUUAUGAUAACAUUCAAAGAGGCCCUCAUCUCUUGAAAGGCAUUGUUCGGACUGAUUCUCUGGGCCUUCCUUCUUUUCGCUUCUAG